CUUUCAUAUUAAAUCUCACACAAAUUAGUUUUAGCUUUACUGCCUAAAGUGGAACACAGAGUUUUAUAGAAAGACAAAAUUGAAACGGAAAGUGAUUUUUAAAGUAAACUGAGAAAAAAAAAAAAAAAAAGAGGAACCUUUUGCAAUCUAGAGAGAGCAGAGCAGAGCUGAUUAAGAUAUUUUGCAGAUUUGUUUGUUCCCACAGAUUCUCUGACGCUAUACCUAAACCUUAAAGUUCGCCGCUUUAUCUGUUGCUGUUGCAAGAGAGCUCUUUUGAGGUGGAUCUGGAUUCUGGGAACUUGAAUCUAAAGCCCUCCUCUUUUGUGGUAUAUAUGAAUUACAAUGGACCCGAGAAGUUGUUCGAAAUCGAUCAGUGUUUGUGAGAAUUCGAGUGAUGUUGUGUUUGAGGGUGGUGUUAAGGGUCAGACCAGUGACUCUGUCUCAAAAAAGGUGUUGAUUGAAGAAGUAAAUGAUUCAAGAAUGGCCAAAGAUGGUGUUAGCUGCAGUAGUAGUAACAUUUCUUCAGCUCAUGCUGUUCAUGAAGGAGUUGCGGAUAAUGUUAGUGCGGUAAGCUGCAACGAGGCAGAGAGUGAUACUUCAAAAGCAAAGGCGAAAGAGUUCCACACGGUUGAUUUGAGUGGUGAAGGAGAAAGAAUCUGCAGGAUUUGUCAUUUUGGUUCUGAUCAAUCACCUGAGGUGGCUACUGGUGAUAAUAAGUCAGUAAGUCAGGACUUGAUUGAGAUUGGUUGCAAAUGCAAAAACGAGCUUGGCCUUGCACAUUUGCAUUGCGCAGAAGCUUGGUUCAAGUUAAGAGGGAACAGUGUAUGUGAAAUAUGCGGCUGCACAGCGAAGAACAUUACAGUAAGGUUGAUGGAGGAUUGGAACGGCGAAAGGGACACUACAUUGGAUGAGAGAAGAAGACGUGGAAGAGGACAAUCUUGCUGCAUCUUCAUGCUUUUCCUGCUCUCUAUCCUUUUGCUUCAUUGGUUUUUCAAAAAGUUUAGUGGUUACUACCAAAAUAAGUGAAUAAGUAUAUAUAUCUGUUGGUAAUUUUAUUAGUUGGUUCUGACUCUAGACUAUAUGGAAAAGAGAUAAUAGAAUCCAAAUUCUUAGAUUAAAACU